AUGCUUUGCCUUGGCUUCCUCUUCUCCCUACCUUAUCACAUUCCUCCUCCUCUUCUCUUUCCGCUUCUUUUCCCCCUUCUCUUCUGGCGCCUUCCUUUUCUUUUCUUUUUUUUUCUCUUUUUCUAUCCUUUCCCUCGACUCCUUUGUCUUCACUUUUAUUUCUUCUUCUUUUCCCUUUUGCUUUCCUCCCCACUUUUUCUUUCCUUUUCUGUUUCUCUUUCUUCUCUCCUUCCGUUUUCCUUCAUUUUCUUCUUCCUCUUCUUCUGCGUUCCUUUCUCUCCUCUUCGUCUUCUUUUCCUCUUUCCUUCCUCCCCACCUCCUUUUAUUCCACCCCCUCCUCUCUUCUCCCUUUUCUUCUUUCCUUUAUUUUUUUUUCCUACUUUCCUUCUUCAUUUCUUUUUGCCUUCCUGUUCCCUUGCUUUCGUUUAUUUUCUCUUUCUUUCCUUCAUCCCCACCUCCUCCCUUUUCCCCCUCAUCUCCUCCUGUUCCUCUUCUUUCCUUUAUCUUCUCCUAUUUUUCUUCCUAUCUUUCUUCCUUUCUAUUCCUUUGUUUUCAUUUGUCUUGAAGUUCUUUCUUUCUCCUCCUCUCAUUCCUCUUCUCCUACUCUCAUUUCUCCCCUCCUGUCACUCUCCUCCUCCUUCUUCUUCUUUCCUUUAUCUUCUACUUUCUUUCGUCUUCUCUUUCUGCCUUCCUAUUCCCUUGCUUUCCUUGCUUUCCUUUCUUUCUUUCUUUCUUUCUUUCUUUCUUUCUUUCUUUCUUUCUUUCUUCUCCUUCUCCUCCUCCUCCAUUCAUCUUUUCAAUCCCCACUUCUGCUCCUUCCUCCCCAUCAUUCCUUCUCCUCCCGUUCACCUCCUCCUCCUCCUCUUCUCCUUCUUUCUCUUAUCUUUUACUGCUUUCCUUCCUCUUCCUUCGUGCUGGUAA